GCAAGCUGGACGUGCGUCUUUGGAUACUCCGACUUCUCUGUCGAUAUCUGUAGAAGACUUCAAUAUUGCAGGUAGCGCAAAGAAGGUUUUUUUGAGGGGUGAUCAGAGGCGGUCGGAAUUAGAUGCCUGCGUGGAAGAGGCUGGAGAACAAGAAGAUGCGCGUGAGUUUCAUAGCGUACACCAAGGGCAAUCUGUUGCAGGAAAAAUGUCACAGGAAUCGGCGGCGUUUCACAGUGUCCAUCAAGCGCAACCGGUUGGAGGAGGAGGAAAUAAGACAUCCCAGGACUCUGUAGCGUCGUCCGUUCUGGUAAGGGCAGCUUCUGGGUCUGGAGACCGUGCUGCAGUCUCUCAGCACUCUUUUCAUAGCGUGCAAGAUCUUGGGAUCCAAGAGCGCCAGAACGAAAGUCAUGCCCGCAUCGUAGAGGUGGAGCCUCGAUUCUCAUCGGCGUAUUCACAUGCUUCGGCUGUUUCUGUGGCCAACCUGGACCAAAUCCCUCCGGCCUACGUAGUUGACACAGCUGCAGGAGGGGGGCCAGCAGUGGCAACAUCUUUAAACAAUACGGCGAACACAGCGCCGCCUGUCUCUUUCUCAAACAGUUCGUCUUCUCGGCAUCCAAGACCCGUCAAUUCACCCGAUCUUAACAGUGUCAGUGUCUCUUCACAACAAGAGGUUACUAGUAGACCAGCUGCAGAGACAGACGCAAUAACUACUCAACCAGAGCAGCUAAUUGCAAAUCGACCUCGAAGUUUUCUGGUUCAGUCUCUUCCUAUCGGAAGCGGCGCCUCAUCUGCCAGCACAGCUACUAGGUCAACGUCGAAGAUCCUAUUGCCACCCCAGCGCGAAAUCGCAGGCAUCAGUAGUCCAACAGUCGGUGCCAGACAAACACAACUGGCGACGUCGAUGUCGUCUAGAGUGACCGGCGUUGGCCUGCUAGAACAGCGUAGAGUUACUGGAAGGGUACCGGAGCCUGCAGUUGGAGCGCAAGGAGAGCGGCGGAUGACUACACUUAUGACGAACGGCAAGAGUCUUAUUUUUAAGUCGUCAUCAUGCUUGGAGAAGUUACUAUCAGGUGGAGUGUGUAAGUACUUAAGUAACAGGUGCGUGCUACUAGGAGUAGCCCUUCUUCGGAAGUGAAGCAUGGUAUUAAAUAAUAGUCCCGUCGACAAUUUCGGAAUACUGAUCUGGGCAAGAUUCCACUCCACUAGGAGUACAAGUACAUGCGAGACAGCGGAUGCCUCCUCAUCCUAACGGGAUCCUAGCGUAGCGGACCGUCUCUACUAAUCUGCGAAUCCCUGGUUUCCGCAUCUCCGUGUCUCCCAACCUUUCACCAAGCACGUCGCCUCGCAGAACAACAACGCAUCAGACUAGUCCACCGCUCUUACCUCGACGCAGCAUCUUCGGUGCCUCGUCUCCACUACAGCAAGGAAGGCCUACAUUGGCUACUUUUGGUAGUAAGGAAGCGCCAACUUCACCCCGCGGGGCAGAGCAGACCCUUGCAGCGCCGCAACCUCGACAAGUCAGAGAUUCCACACUCGGGGGUGGUCCCAGUCCCUCAAAAGUGUAUUCCGAAGCGACGUCAAUGCUAGUUAUGAAGAUCGUGUGGUUUCUAGAUUCAUGUGCAAGAAUGUGGUCUAAUGCAUUGUUGAAGAGGCUUCGGGUGGGCUUGGAGACUUUGGGUCGUUAGGGCAUGAGCCUUUUUUGUGCUCUUCUCUUAGAAAGCACCAUGCACGACGCAUUGACGGAGCAUCUUCUCAUAGAAGUCUCCUUCUCUAACAUCAACUCCACUUUUUUUCUAACAUCAACUCCUUUACCACUGUCUCGAUUAAGACAGGUUUUGCGCCUCUCGGUCGUUGGGAACCGCCGGCUGAGUUGUUGGAGCAACAAGCGCAUGUACGCAAGUCAGUGGAGCAAGCAGCGUCGUCGGCGACCCAGGAAUUGAAGCAAAGAAUGAGCGUGGUGAGAUCACGGUCGCCGAGUGGUGCGGGCUUGGUGAGGGAGUUAUGGCCAGCAUUGUUGUGCUGUAGCUAGUGACUGAGAUGGAGACCCAGACAUGCUUUCUUGUGGUCGUUUUCGUUCUCGUGGUUCCGUGAACAUCAAGCGCGACUCAGAGUAUGAACAACGUGAGAAAACUUUUUCAUCCCUAAACACAAGUGUAGCUCCGACUGUGAUCGCAAAUAGGCAGCCCUUCUCCGGAGCACCAUCACCUCCAGCAGUUGUGCGCAUCAUCCGAGGCACCCAAAGUGCCGCGACGCAGCUGGCUACAGUUCCGGAAGAACAAGGCUAGCGAGAGUACGGGAAGAACGAGGGUGGUAAUGGACAUUUAAAGAGCGUGGUUCAGAUUAUUCAAGUGGACUGCGGAGGUAUUAUAGGGUAGUUGAGGUUUCGAUUUCGUUAGACUUAGACAAUAUGUUGGUUUCGUUAUGAGCGUGGUUUCGGAAUCGGAGUUACUUAUUUUUCUUGGUACCUACAACUAAUGAUGAGCGAACUCUUUAUUGGGGUUUAUUUUGCUCCACGAAGAACUAGAAAUGAGGGUAUUUAAGGUCGUUACCUUUUCUCGGGCUAUUAUUCUGUAAGGAAUAGCAAAAGUCUUUUUAUCAAUUAGAGCACGACGUGUGGGCUAUAGAUUCGCAUUGCGUUCAGCGAGAUGUGCUGGAGAUAAGAAUUUGAGAAUACAUUUCCCUUUGUUUGUGUUUUUUGGUAAUUAUACUGCUUGAUUGUGUGUACAGGUGGAGCAAUCCAAAUCAGCGCGUUAGUUUGUACUUAUCUAUGGUGCAAAUGCUAGUAUGAAGAGAGUGAGCGCACAUAGUGCACCUGAAUAUUCAACAUUACAUCAACAUGAACGCACUAGAAAUGUAAAGAAAGAAUGAGACAACAACAUUUAAAGAUUUUGACUAUGGUAAAGAUCCUUCUUCAUGGAAGAAAAAUCGAGACGACACGAGCAUUCAGAUUCAUGCAUCAUCCAAGUUGCGCACUACGUUUAAAGGAUUUUUCUGUGUGUGGCUAUGCAUCCAUGUCUGCUCGGUCAUCUUGUAGAC